ACUUCCGCGUUGGGUCAGGCGCUGGUCACGUGGACAAGAGCAGCAGUCAUAUGACGCUCUGGGUUUCCUUGUACAAACGGAGCUCCUGUUCGGGGAAGUUUGAUACAAAAAGCCUCGAGUUUCUCCGUGAGCGUUGUCUUGUAGUGAGGGAUUUGUCUUUGUUAGGAGUGACUGUUUUUCAGUGAUGUUCUCUGGCAGUUUGUUGUUGUGCUUGCUGGCCCUGUUUCACCAUGGCUCAUGGGCUCAGUACGCUCCUGAUGAAGUCACGCACCUUCCUGGUAUGAAGUUUAAGCCAAACUAUCGACAAUGGUCAGGAUACCUGCAAGCUCGACCGGGGAAGUUUCUUCAUUACUGGUAAGAAACUUGCUGAAGCUUUUCAAUAGGUAUUAUCGCAAUGUAGAGGGCAUCAGUAAGACCAGAGUUUGUUGUUUUCCCGGGGCUUAUAUCGACCAUGAAGGGCUUGACAGUAUGAAGUGUGUUCAACUCUCCUGUUGUCAUUGUUUUUGAUUUGUGUGCCACCGGUUUGGCGACAUUUGUGGCACUUGUGACCCUUUUAAGAAGUGCAUUACUGAACCCUGGUCCUGAUCCCCUGCAGGUUUGUCACUUCUCAGAGGGACCCAGUCAAAGACCCUCUGGUGCUCUGGCUGAACGGUGGACCAGGCUGUAGCUCACUGGAUGGUUUCUUGUCAGAAAAUGGACCAUUUCAUGUAAGCAUGUGAGCUUUUUCUGAAUCACUGCACAUAUGCUCACUAAAAGUCAAUUUGAUAGGAAUUGUUGAGGUGACUUUGCAGGUGAACGAUGAUGGGGCCACUCUGUAUGAGAAUAACUUCAGCUGGAACAAGAUUGCUAAUAUACUGUACCUAGAAUCCCCAGCAGGAGUGGGAUAUUCCUACUCUGAUGACCAAAAGUAUGCAACUGAUGACGACCAGGUGAGUUCAGUAACUGGCUUUGACAACUGAAGAAGAGCUUUAAACAUUACUUAAAUGUAACUUUUUGCCGUCUUAGGUUGCUGAUGACAACUACAAAGCCUUGCAGAGUUUCUUUACCAAGUUCCCAAAUUUCACUCAAAACGAGUUCUUCAUCUUUGGAGAAAGUUAUGGUGGCAUUUAUGCACCAACCCUUAGCCUGAGGGUGGCUACUGGAGCUGCCAAAAUCAACUUCAAGGUGAGCCAACUUCUCUUGUGCUUUAGAUUUGUUUGCUUAUUUUGUUUCCUUGCAGUUUCUUGACUCAGGAUGUUGUUGUUGAGCCCCACAUGCACUUUUACCAAAUUCAGUAAACCGUUUUAUUGGCUUUUGUGUUGACUUAUAACAAACUUCGAAUAUAUAUAUAAUGUGUUUUUAGGGCUUUGGAGUGGGAAAUGGGAUCAGCAGCUUUGCUCUCAAUGACCAAGCUUUGAUUUACUUUGGUUACUACCAUGGUCUCUUUGGAGAAGAGUAAGUAUCUCUUUGUUUGUUUAGAGAUUGUGUUUAGAUAACAGUUUGAUUGGUGAAUGUUAAUCCCUUUGAUUAAUGUAGAACAAUGCAGACAACAUGCAGAUGGUUCUAGUUUUAUUAACAAUAAGAUGCAGAAAUUAAAAAAUGUAAGAUUUGGACAUUUGAAUAGAAAAGCCACAGUUUCUGUAUCACCGGUCAAUUUGGACAAGCACAGAGUCUAAAUGUUUAUUUUAUUGGCCCUUUUUUUGUUCUAGAUAUUUAAUAGACAAAAGAACAUCACAAAUAAGUACUAGCGCACAUGCUGUUAUGUUGUGUUAUCGUACAGAAAUUUAAAGUAUUAACAGUGAGCCAAAGACUUAUGAAUUACUUGUACUUGGGUGACAUACCAUAAAGUAUUGUUUUCUGUGCAGUUUGUGGCGUGACCUGAACACAAACUGCUGUGACAAGGAAGGCUGUAACUUUUCCAACUCCACCUCAGAGACCUGCCAGACACUGGUAAGUCUGAACUACCUUUUUGACACCUGAGCAUUCAGCUAAUGUUACCAGGUGAUUUAUCCAGAUUUUAUUUUGUCCCUGGCUCCCUUUUAGGUGAAUGUGGCCUUUGGCAUUAUCUAUAACAGCGGACUCAAUGAGUACGCGCUGUACUUGGAUUGUGAGGGUGGAAGAAGAUCCCACAAAGGCUAUGAGAGUGCAAUGAGUCUUCUGUUUAGGAACUACAGGAAGCACUCACACAUCAGUAAGGUGAGUGUUCUUGCUGUGCAAAAGGGCUGUUCUAUCUUGUGCCUUUUGUGUUAACUAAAAGACAUUUUGAAUAAAGUUUUCAGAACCAGGCCCCUCUUUCAUGUCACUGAAGGGCGUUCCCCCCUGCCUCAACAGUACAGCUCAGAGGAACUGGCUGAGGAGAGGCGAUGUGAGGAAGGCUUUACACAUUCCAGAUACCCUGCCUCCAUGGGACCUCUGCAGGUUUGUUACAACCAGACACCAUAAAUGUUACAUGAUCUUUAGCUGUAAUAAUAAAUGUCACUUCAUCACCCAAUCAAACUCCUAUUUUUGUUCAGUUUUUGCUAUGCAGAGUUUAGAGAUUCAUGCUCUGACUCAGACAAGUAUACUUCACUUAGAUUUUUAAUGCAAGAAUAAAGUUUUUAAAUCUUAAAAAUGAAUGAAUAACAUUAACCUGUUGGUAGCAUUGUUUAUGUUUUAAUGGCUUUAUGACUUCCCCAAUUUAUCUCUAAACCCGGAAGAAGUACCACAGGUAAGUGCUCAAAUAUGAGGGUUAGAAAAGGUGCCAUGUGGUGCUGAAAAGUAACAAAAGUCUUAUACAUCACACAGAUUUAACAGUGGGAUAACCCUCUCACUAAAGUUAUCAGUGUGUGUUGGGAGUGGGCCAUAGUAGAUCCUGGCCAUGUUUUAGUGUGGACUUAGUGGAACAGCAGAUGUACUCUACCACCUGUAGACCCACUCAACAAUGUUACCAAAAAAAAGCACCAGUUUACUUUAUUAUAAGAAUAGAGGCGCAUAAAGUCAUCAAAUCCCUGACUGUAAGCGUGUGGGUUGAACUUGCAUUGUUUAAAACCAUUGUCAGUCACUAUCUCUGUACCACUGUGUGAACACAGGCAGGAUGUGUUUGACAUGGAGUGGCUGGUCAUAACCUACUUUCUUCUUUGUUGUAGUGAUGAUGUUGGUGAGAAGUACACCACCUUGUACAAAACAGUGAAGGAUGUUUACCUGAAGUUACUCUCUAUGGGCCUGAGAGCGCUCGUCUACAAUGGAGACACUGACAUGGCGUGCAACUUCCUGGGUGAUCAGUGGUUUGUUGAAGACCUUGGCCUGGAGGUAGGGACUUAAACAUAAAAGCUUUGGGGGUUUUUGUUGUUUUUUUGUCCCCCAAACUGCAGCUACAAUUCUUAAUACAACCAAUAUAUAUUUUCAGCCAACCACCAAAUACCAGAGCUGGAUCACUGAUGACCAGAUUGCUGGUUUCUACCAACAGUUUGGAAACAUAACUUUCCUAACAGUCAAGGUAACCACAGUCACAUAAUUUGAAGCAGGUUUUGUUUAACAUUGAUGUAGUGAUAUUAUUGUGACACCCCACUGCCGUUUGUUUUUCAGGGUGCAGGUCACAUGGUUCCCCAGUGGGCCCCGGGUCCAGCUUUUCACAUGUUCCAGUCCUUUAUAACAAAAGGCCCCUACUGAGUCUGGAAACAGACAGCUGUAUGAUGGAUACCUGCACUCAUCACUUAUUAAAUGGUACUUUUUUUUCUCAGGGAAGAUGAUUUUGUAGGUAAAGGGACUUUUAGCACGCAUUCCUGUCAUCUGUGUUGUUGAUAAAGUUACUAGAGUUGGUAAGAAUGUAGGACAUAUUUUUUAUGUGGCCUUUACGCUGAAUCAUAGUGGGUUUUCUUAUUUUAGUCAAUAGCUCAUUUUUAGGGUUCACAGACGACUGGAUGCAGAGAAAUUGAGAUGAUCAUUUUAAAUGUCUGCCCUGUAGGCAGUUUCACUUCAUGCUCUUUUGGGGGACUGUUGUCCUGUUCUUAUUCCCAGAAAACUGCAGAUAACUGUUAAGCUCUGAUCAGCCUCAAAAACACCUCAAUUGCCUUUUUUUGCUUGUGUGAGAUUGAAGUGGGGAACGUUAAGUGUCUUUUCUUUUACUCUGACACUUCAAUAGGGAGAAAAUAAAACUGUUUAAAAACUCA